AUGAGAGGGUUUAUAUUGAUAGGAGUGCUGUGCGCCGCCGUCGCGGCCAGCCACCACCACGAGCACGGCGGCGGGCACCACCACCACGGGCACCACCACCACGACCACGGCGACCACGACCACAAGGGCCACAAGGGGCACCACCACCAUCACAAGGGCCACGAGGGCCACCACGGCAAGCACCAUCACGGCGAGCACCACCACGAGCACCACGGCGGCCACAAGAAGCACUGGGACGAGCACGACGACCACGGCGACCACCACGAGCACGGCCACCACCACAAGGGCGAGAAGCACGGCCACCACGAGCACCACGAUAAGGGCGAGCACAUCGACGGCUACCACAAAAAGCACCACAAGGAUCACUUCCACAAGGACCACCACUUCCAUGACGGCCACCACCACGAGGGCAAGCACCACAAGCACGGACACCACCACGGACAUCAUCACGAUGACGAGGGUCACCACAAGAAGGGCCACCACGGCCAUCACGGUCAUCACGAGGGCCACCACGGCCACCAUGGCCACCACGACAAGCACCACCACGAUGAAGGUCACCACGAUCAUCAUGGCCAUCAUGGACACGAAGAUCACGAUCACCAUCAUCACGAUCACGGCAAGAAGGGCCACCACGACGACCACAAGCACUGGGGUCACCACCACAAACAUUAA